AUGGCUGUUAAAAAAUCUUCUAAAGGACAACAGACCAGACGUGAAGUGAGGCCUGAGGUGUUUCAAGAUAAGCAAGCUAGGAAUCAACUUGCAAAUGUUCCUCAAUUAACUGAAAAAUCUGCACACAAAAAACCAAACAAACUUCAAGUUAGUAAGGGUCAAUUCAAAGCUCGUUUAUAUGGUACAAAGAAGAAAGAUCGUAAAUAUACUGAGAAAGAGUUAGAUAUUCCUACUCUUAAUAAAGCAGUAAUUCCUGGUGUGAAGAUAAAGAGAGGUAAGAAGGGUAAGAAAUUUAUAGAUGACCAUGAUACUUUAGCUUUAAACCGUUUAAUCAAGACAAUUGGGGAUAAAUAUGAUGAUAUUACAGAAAGUAAAUUGGAAAAGGCAAGAAGAUUAGAAGAAAUAAGAGAAAUCAAGAGAAAAGAAAUCGAGAUGAAAGAAUCUUUGAAGAAUGACAAAUUAGAGGAAAAGAAAAACGAAAUCAGAAGUAAAGCAUCUUUAGCAAGAUCUAUGCGUAGAAAGAACAGACGUGAUACUGUCAGAGCCGAUGUUGAAGAGAAAUCAACUAAUGCGAACAAAAAGCCAAAAAAGAAGGUAUCUUUUGCAUGA